AUGAGCCGCAGCUCGCCGCGCGCGCCGCCCCCGGGCGCCCCCCGGCCGCCCCGCGCCCCGGCGCCCCGGCCCCCGCGCCCGGGCCGCCGCUGGCCCGCGUCCCCGCUCGGCAUGAAGGCGUUCCGCAGGAAGGCGCUGCUGCUGCUCGCCGGCUACGCGCUGCUGCUGCUGCUCACCGCGCUCAACCUCCUGGACCACAGGUGGCACCGCGAGGCCCCGCCGCGGCCCUGCGCCCCCGAGGGCCCCGCGCCCCGCCGCGCGCCCCCGCCGGCCGCACCGCCGCCCGCCCGCGUCCCCGGCCGCCCCGGCCCCGCCGCCGCCGCCGCCGCCCCGGCCCCCGCCGGAGCCGCAGCCGCCCCGGGGGGAAACGGCACGCGCGCGGGGCCCGGGCGGGCGCGGCGGCGGCUGGUGUACGUGCUCACCACGUGGCGCUCGGGCUCGUCCUUCUUCGGCGAGCUCUUCAACCAGCACCCCGACGUGUUCUUCCUGUACGAGCCCGUGUGGCACGUGUGGCAGAAGCUGUACCCGGGCGACGCGGUGUCGCUGCAGGGCGCGGCGCGCGACAUGCUGAGCGCCCUGUACCGCUGCGACCUCUCCGUGUUCCAGCUCUACGGCCCGGCGGGCGGCGGCGGCCGCAACCUCACCACGCUCGGCAUCUUCGGCGCCGCCACCAACAAGGUGGUGUGCUCGGCGCCGCUGUGCCCGGCCGGCUACCGCAAGGAGGUGGUGGCGCUGGUGGACGACCGCGUGUGCAAGAAGUGCCCGCCGCAGCGCCUGGCGCGCCUCGAGGCCGAGUGCCGCCGCUACCGCGCGCUCGCCAUCAAGGGCGUGCGCGUGUUCGACGUGGCCGUGCUGGCGCCGCUGCUGCGCGACCCCGCGCUCGACCUCAAGGUGGUGCACCUGGUGCGCGACCCGCGCGCCGUGGCCGCCUCGCGCAUCCGCUCGCGCCACGGCCUCAUCCGCGAGUCGCUGCAGGUGGUGCGCAGCCGCGACCCCGCCGCCGCCGACCGGCCGCGCCGCGAGCCCCCGCCCCACGCCGCCGCCGCCGCCGCCGCCGCGGGCCCCGCCGACUACCACGCGCUGGGCGCCAUGGAGGUCAUCUGCCACAGCAUGGCGGCCACGCUGCAGACGGCGCUGCGCCCGCCCGACUGGCUGCGCGGCCGCUACCUGGCCGUGCGCUACGAGGACCUGGUGGGCGACCCGGUGCGCACGCUGCGCCGCGUCUACGCCUUCGUGGGGCUGCCCGUCAGCGCCGCCAUGGAGCAGUUCGCGCUCAACAUGACCAGCGGGCCCGCCGCCGCCGCCAAGCCCUUCGUGGUGUCGGCGCGCAACGCCACGCAGGCCGCCAGCGCCUGGCGCUCGGCGCUCAGCUUCGCGCAGGUGCGCCAGGUCGAGGAGUUCUGCGCGCAGCCCAUGGCCGUGCUGGGCUACGAGCGCGCCCGCGGCCCCGAGGACGUGCGCGACCUCAGCAAGACGCUGCUGCGCAAGCCGCGCCUCUGAGCCGGGGCGCGCGCGCGUGCAUGCGUGCGUGCGUGCGUGCGUGU